CAGUCCCCAGUUGCCCACAACUUCCACUUCAAUUCGGCACUCAAUUAGUUUCCCCGCAGAACUUCUUGAAGCAUAGUAGUUUCUAAAUCAAUCUCCCUAGGAAUAGGAGCUUGGCGCUCUGGCCUUUUACUUAUAUCUUCCAUAUUGUUACUUAUUAUUGCACACUCACUCUUCUUUUCUUGCAAAUGCCAGAGAACAUGAUAUCUGUGAAUGGUCAAACCCAAGUGCCUCCGGGAUUCCGGUUUCAUCCCACGGAGGAGGAGCUCCUCCAGUACUACUUGAGAAAGAAGGUCUCUUACGACAAGAUCGAUUUAGAUGUCAUUCGAGAUGUUGAUCUCAACAAGCUCGAGCCGUGGGAUAUACAAGAGAGGUGCAAAAUUGGGACAAGUCCUCAAAACGAUUGGUACUUCUUCAGCCACAAAGACAAGAAGUAUCCAACGGGGAUGCGCACAAAUCGUGCCACCGCUUCUGGGUUCUGGAAGGCCACAGGCCGUGACAAGGUCAUCUACAGCAACGGCCGGCGCAUAGGAAUGAGGAAAACUUUAGUGUUUUACAAAGGAAGAGCACCUCAAGGACAAAAAUCUGAUUGGAUCAUGCACGAAUACAGACUAGACGAUGAUACCGACCAUACCACCACCAAUGUAAUUAGCCACUUCUACGUCGCUGGGGAAGCAAAUCAGGAAGAGGGAUGGGUGGUUUGUCGGUUUUUCAAGAAAAAAGACUGCCACAAGAACCUGGGCAGCCCGAUGCGUUCCAGGAACCACAUGUUGAAUUCGUGCGAUGCAGCCCCGGAACAAGCUCUUCAUCAAUACAUGGGAGGAGUUUGCAAAGAGGACUAUUCUCAAGAAAACAACAAUAUCUCGAGGAUUCUUCGUCCAAUUGAUACUGGCUACCCAGAUGGAACUUUAAUGAAACUUCCAAGCUUUGAGAGCCCCAACUCCGGUUACUCCGCCGGUAGCCAGAACUGUUACCAACCGAUGAUCAUAGACCACGAUUGUCCAAUCUCAAACCAGGUCAGUAGUGAUCCCAACUCCGUUUUCCAUAUAGACUCAGGCUCGGGUCUCACGAAUUGGGUCGAGCUGGACCGUCUCGUGGCCUCUCAACUCAACGGCCAAACAGACACUUCCGGCCAAUUGGUCUGCUUUGGUGACCGCACCAUGGCCUAUUGCGGCCCUACUAAUCAUCUGCAUGAUCUCCAAUUAUCGACCGUUCGAUCAUCAUCCAACAAGUCUGAUCAAGUGCCUCCUCAGGAUUCAGGACAUGGUGAAAUAGACCAAUUGCAUUUCUCCACGUCAUCAUCAUCACCCAUGUCAUCGUCCGACUCAUUAAGCCAUGUGGUCAAUGCUAUGGGUAUUACGGGAAUGACAACUUAAAAUUAGCAUACCAUAGUUGCUUGGGGUUGGGGGCCCUUGUCAAACCAUUAUAAGCUUGUUUUGCUUAAUUCUAAUUUGUAUAAAACUAUUUUUUUUUU